UUUUCACAGCGCGUCUCUCUUCUCGGCGACCUCCGAUCAUUCGCGUUCACUCGCACCUUCACUGCUGCUACACAGAUCCGUCUUUCUUCUUCUUUCUCUUCUUCUUCCCUUCUGUUUCUCCGCUUCAUGUCCAUUCGCCCUGCUACAUCUUCAUUCUGCUCAAAGAGGAAUAUGACACCAAAGUAUGUGACACGUUUCUCAAAAGACGAAUUGAAAAGUUUCGUCGACUCGUUCGACGUUGUCCUGUCGGACUGCGACGGUGUACUUUGGAGAGAGACCGAGGCUGUGCCGGGGUCUCCGGAGGCUGUCAAGAAAUUCAAAGAAAUGGGCAAAAGAUUUUUCUACGUGACGAAUAACAACACUAAAACGAGAGAAGAGUUAUUUCGCAAGGCUAAAGCAUUAAAUUACGAUGCGUCCCCGGAGGAAAUAGUCUGCACGUCUUUUCUGACCGCAAUGUAUCUUAAAGAGAAGAAUUUUGAUAAAACGGUUUACAUCGUGGGCAGCGACGGAAUCGGGAAGGAAUUGGAUGCGGUCGGCAUCAAGCACAUUGGAAUCGGACCUGACGUCAUGGAAGGGGACGAUGACGUGGAAAUGAUAAAAGCUUUCAAGCCCAACGCUGAAGUCGGUGCUGUCGUUGUCGGCCUCGACGUCAACUUCAGUUAUCCAAAAUUGACGAAAGCUGCGACUUACCUUAACGAUCCGAACGUUCUUUUCAUUGGUACAAACUGCGACGCCGAGAAACCAUCUCCGAACUCCAACAAGUUUCCCGAAAGCGGGUGCUUGAUACGCGCCGUCGAAGUGGCGACCAAUAGACGUGCCGUGAUUCUAGGGAAGCCAGAGGCCUACGUUAGCCAAUACGUCAUUAAGAAAUAUUCCCUCGAGCCGAAGCGGACCCUCAUGAUCGGAGACAACUGUUCGACGGACAUUAAAUUGGGCAAGCGUUGUGGAUUCAAGACGUUGCUAGUGUUAACGGGUGUCACUAAUUCGCACGACUUUGAAAAAAUGCUAACUGCCACCGAAGAAGCGCAGCAAAUCAUUCCAGACUAUUACGCUCAAGAACUGUUAGACGUGGUGCGCUCACUCUGAUUGCGAGUUUACCAAUGACUCAAUUCUUUUAACCAAUCGUAAACUUCAUAAACGGCGACACCGUGACGAAGGGAAUACCAAAGUUUUUGCCCACCUAUAUUCCAAGGAUAGCGACGCGGAUUUCUCUAUUUCCAUGUUGAAACUUUAUUUCUCUGUUAAAUAUCUGAUGAAAUUUGAGGUCUUCUAAUAAAUUCAUAAGACAUUA